GAUUUGAAUCGAUUAACUCCAGCGAAUCUCGCUUCGCUUCGAUGGGAAAACCCGUUGACCGAUCCGAUUCUUGAAAAAGAACGUAUUGAACGUUACAAGGAACUUCGCCGGCAACGAUAUACCGAUGCUCGACAACAAGCUCUGCAACUACUUAUCGAACAAAUGCAAACGACAACAACGAAUGAGACACUGAAUACUACGAUUUCUGAACAAUAUUUGCUUUUUCUCUUUUUUAUACAAUAA